CACUCCCAGUGGUGAAUGCUAAAGCUUCUUUUUCAUCUUCUUCUAAUAAAAAAAUAAAAUAAAAAAUACACGUAAUAUUUUAUCUCCCUUGUGAUAAUUGAAUAUAAAAUAAUCUCUCUCUGUUGAUCAAGUGAAUUUUUUUUAUAUUGGGGGGAUCAUUGGGUGGCUGGUUGCUCCAGUCCACACCGUAAACGGCAACUUCGUAUUGCUUCGUAUUAAAAAUGGUACAUACAUUCACAUACAGCAUCCCCAGACAAUACCAAAAACAGAAAUAAUAAUAACACUUACACAUUGUUAAACAUCGUACAUGUUUUAUAAUAAUAAAAAAAAAUCCCAGACAAAAACACGCCAAAAAGAGUAGGCAGUCAGUCUCCCUGAUUUAAAUCCUGUCGUGCUUUCCUUGGUCCUUCUCGGAAUCCCACAAAAGGCUCAAUCCAUAGAAAAAAAAAAAAAAAUACAAUAAUAAAACGAAACGAAUAGAAAAGAAAUAAGAAUACCCAUAUAAAAAAAAAAAAUUAUAAUAAAAAGAAAGAAAAUAAAAAUAGUGCGAACUGUGGAGCGUAUCCGGCGUGUCGCGAGGUGUGAGACGGAUUUAUUGUUGAAUAUAUCCAAAGAGAGUGAGUGAGAUAGGAGCUGGGGGGAGGGAGGUGGAAAGAAUAGUAUGUAUUCAAGAAAACUGGUCUCAAACUUGUCCGACAUCUUAUAGCGUCCCUAUAAGCUCCUAUCGAGGAGAAAAAAAAAAGAGACAAACAACCGCCAAUUCUCUAAAAUAGAAUAAAUAUAAUAAAAAAAAAAAAAUCCAUAAAAUUAUUCACAGAGACGCUCCUAGAGAGACUCCUAGCUUCAAGUUAAAAUAUAUAAAUUGAAAAUAAUUUUUACUCCAAAAAAGUGUAUGUGUUUGUGUUAUUUAAAAUUAUAUUAUUUAUAAUAAUAAUAAUAGUUAUGUGUCUAUUAUUGGCCCUUGGUUAUUAGCUGACAGUAAUGGAUAUAUUUGUUUACAAUUUUAAUUGGCAUAACAAUUAUGGAUACGGAUUAUUUAAUUAUUAAAUAAUAGUGUUUUUUUUUUUUUUUUGUUUAUUGUGUUAUGUGUUGUUUAUGAGUUGAAAAUAUUAUUAAUAAUAAUUAAUAGAGUGGGUGGAUAUGUAAAUAGUCCCAGGAGACAAAAAUUGUAAAUUGAUAUUUAUUGAUAAUGAGUGCCACGUUUAGUUUGUCGUUAUUUUUAAUAAAUAAAAAAACAUUUUAUUUGUGGUUUGGUAUAGUGUAUUUAAUUAUUGGUGGUUUUACAAAUUUACCACAAGUUUUUGGAGUGCCUGGAGAUGGCAAACAACCUGGUGGACAAUGUCCAGUUGAGUGUGCUUGCCUUGGUAAUGUUGUUGAUUGUAGCGGACUUCAACUUGUUGGAUUACCUAGUGGAUUACCACCUUGGACUGAAAUAUUAGAACUCAAGGAUAAUAGUAUUGUUAAUUUGGAUUUCGAGGCAUUUAAUAGCUUAAAUAAAUUAAAAAAAUUGGAUAUUAGUUCAAAUAAAUUACAAGAUAAUUUUACAUCAUCAUUACCAAAAUUUUCAAGUCUUACUGAACUGAGAGUUAACAAAAAUUCAUUAAAAAAAUUACCAAAUUUAUCAGCACUUGUUAAUUUAAAUGAUUUGACAAUUUCUCACAAUGACAUUGUGUCAAUUGACGGAGGUGUAAUAAAUAAAAUGACAAACCUAGAAAAUCUUGAUUUAUCAAACAACAGAAUAACCAUUUUAAAUGAUUCGAAAUUUUCAAAAUCGAAUAAGCUAACGAAAUUAAAUUUAAACAAUAAUGAAAUAUCUGAUAUAUCCUUAGGUUAUUUUGAUAAUUUAACUUACCUUGAAGAGCUACGUUUAAAUAAAAAUAGCAUCAAACAAUUAGUAACUGGUGUGUUUGGUAAUUUAACAAACUUAAAAUUACUAGAGUUAAAUCGUAAUGAUUUACAGCAAAUACAUGGUUUAAUAUUUAAAAAUUUAAUAAACCUCGAAGAAUUAAAAUUAAAAAGAAACAAAAUUGAUACAAUUGAUGAUGGUGCAUUUUGGCCAUUAAAAACACUGAUAAUAUUACAAUUAGAUUUUAAUAACUUGACUGUUGUUAAAAAAGGAAGUUUAUUUGGUCUUGAUAGUUUACGUAAAUUGACAUUAUCGAAAAAUAAAAUAAGUACAAUUGAGCCAUUAGCAUGGGAAUGGUGUAAAGAAAUUCGUGAGCUUGAUUUAUCAAGCAAUCAAUUGACUUCAAUUGAUCGUGGAACAUUUGAGUAUCUUUUAAAACUCGAAAAAUUAAAGCUAGAUCAUAAUAAAAUAACAUAUAUAUCGGAUGCAACAUUUACAACAACACCAAGUCUUCAAGUUCUUGAUCUAAAUACAAAUAGAAUAUCAGCAAUGAUUGAAGAUAUGACUGGUGUUAGUGGUGCAUUUAUUCCACUACGUAAAUUGUUGAAACUUGGCCUAGCACAUAAUCAAAUUAAAUCAAUAAAUUCAAAUGCAUUUAAUGGUUUGGCUUUGUUGCAAGAACUUGAUUUACUUGGUAAUAAUAUAACAAGUAUCCAAGAAAAUGCAUUUACAUCAAUACCACAAUUAAGCAAGCUAAAUAUGAAUACAGGAGCACUAGUUUGUGAUUGUGGUUUACAAUGGCUAAGUGCAUGGCUACGUGAACAUAUUUAUUCUGAUGCUAAAACAGUACGUUGUGGUUAUCCACAUUGGUUAAAAGGACAACAUUUAAUUGAGUUACAUCAUGCUAAUUUUACAUGUGAUGAAUUUCCAAAACCAAUAAUCAUUGAAGAACCAGUUAGUAAAAUGGGUAUUAAAGGUGAUAAUGUUACAUUGACAUGUCGUGCAACAAGUACUGCUGAUACACCAUUAUAUUUUACCUGGAAACAUGAAAAUGUUGAAGUUAGAAAACAUCAAGUUGAAACAGUUGUAACAGCAUCUGGUAAAGGUACAACUGAAGCAACAUCAACUUUAAAUCUUGUUAAUGUUAAACAUGGUAAUGCUGGUAAAUAUCAAUGUAUGGUAUCAAAUACAUAUGGUACAUCAUACUCAGCAAAAGCUAAAAUUAAUGUAUUGGUUUAUCCAAGAUUUAAAACAAUACCACAUGAUAUUAGAGCAUCUGCUGGUAGUACAGCAAAACUUGAAUGUUCAGCUGAGGGACAACCAUCACCACAAAUUGCAUGGCAAAAAGAUGGUGGUAAUGAUUUUCCAGCAGCAAGAGAAAGAAGAAUGCACAUGAUGCCAACAGACCCUGUAUUAUUUAUUGUUGAUGUUAAAACAGCUGAUAGUGGUGUGUAUUCAUGUACAGCACAAAAUUUAGCUGGUUUAAUUGUUGCAAAUGCAUCAUUAACAAUAUUAGAAACACCAUCAUUUGUUAAACCAAUGGAAAAUAAAGAAAUUGUUGCUGGUGGUUCAGUUGUACUUGAAUGUAUGGCUAGUGGUUCACCAAGACCAAAAUUAACAUGGAAAAAAAAUAAUAAUCCAUUACAAGCAACUGAAAGACAUUUUUUUACAGCUGAAGAUCAGCUAUUAAUUAUUGUUAAUACAAUAAUAUCUGAUGCUGGUAAUUAUGAAUGUGAAAUGUCAAAUUCACUUGGACGUGUUGUUGGUGCAUCAACAUUAACAAUUAAUCCAGCACCAUCAACAAUUGUCAAUGGUGAUGAUAUGUUGGGAUUACUUGUUAUUGCUGUUGUAUGUUGUGCUGUUGGUACAUCAAUUAUUUGGGUUGUUAUUAUUUAUCAAACAAGAAGAGUUAAUGCAUCACAUAAUAAAAAUAAUACCAAUAAUAAUAAUGCCACUACGUCAAUAUUAGCAACAACAAAUACAACACCACUUCAUGUUGAUGGUACAAUGAAAGCACAAUUAUAUCUUGAUUCAACUUCACAACAUAGUAAAGAUAGUGGAACUGGUGAUAGUACUAAUCCUACAAAUGAUCCACUACAACUUUGUUUACCAGAAGAAAUGAGAUCUUGUGUGAUUAAUACGGAAAAUGAAUUAACAGUGACUGGUGAGGAUCCACUUCUUUGCUAUACAAAUCAUCAACGGAAUCAUAAAAUGGACAAUCAUUGGGAGUAGACAUUCAUAAUGAUAAUAGUGUCUAAUAAAGAAGUGGCUAUAGAUAUAUAUGAAAAGAAAAAAAAAGUAUUAUUAAUAAAUUUUUUGGGUAUGUUAUAUUGAUAAAUUACAAAUAAAAAAAUGAUAAAUUGACUUGUCGAUCAGUGGCCUUGUCAGGUCAACAGAUCGCUCAGUAUUAGGUUUAAUAUUAGUUUUUAAAAAUAAUUAUUUAAAGUUAGAAAAAACAAAAAAACAAGCGAAACUUUAAACAAGUAUAAAGUUUUUAUGAUAAUAAUAAUACAGAGUUGAUAUUUUUUAUUUAUAAAUAAUUCAUACUGACGGAUAUUUUAAACCAAAAAAAAAAAAUCGAAAACAAUAACGACUGAUUAAUUUUUUUGUUUAUAAGAAUAAAUAUUUUGUAAAAUUAUUAAUUUUUAUAAACAAUUAAUUAACAUGUAUUUAAUAAUUUAAAAAAUAUUCGAAACGCCCUGAAUAAAAUGGAUAAUUCGAUAAUUUUAUUAUUUUAUUUUAAUAAAUUUUACAAAUAUAAUCAAAAAAAUUAAAAGAAAAAAAAAACAGUCAACUUUUAAAGGAAAAUAAUAAUUUAAUUAUUUAACUAAAAAAAAAAAAAAUAUUGUCAAUGAUUUUAAUAAUAUUUAUUGAUUUUUCAAUGACACUCUAAUCACCAUAAUAAUUAUUAAAAAAAAAAGAAAUAGGCAAAAAAAUAAUGCCAAUAAUUUACAAUGAAAUUUCAAUAAUUAAAAUAAAUAAUAUUAUUUUUUGACAGAAUAAUUAUUAAUUAUUGCUUUGUUGUAUUUUAAGUUUAAAAAAUAACAACAACUUACCAGUUGAAUUAUUUUCAAAAAAAUUUCAACUCUGUUAAAAAUAAUAAUGAGUGUAUAUUGUAAAUACUGAGGCAGUUUAUUAAUCAGAUUGGCUUUAAUUAUAAUUAUAAGCUAAAAAAGAAAAAAAAUAAUUACAAACCUUUUUUUUUUUUUUUUUUGUGAUAGAUAUUUAUUAUAGAUUUUUAAGAUGGCUUUAUUAUUGAUUAUAGUAUUAAUUACUAUACAGUACUGACUUUGUCGUUAAUAUUAAUAUUAUAUAAUUUGUUUAUAUAUAAAUUUAUUGUUUUAUAAUUUAAUAAAUACUUGUGAGUCUUCCCCCGCAGUAAAUAUCUCAAUCGUCAAUAGUUUUUUUUUUUUCGAAUGUUGUGUAAACUUUUAUUAUUACAUUGUAUUACUAUUAUUGCUCACAAAAUAUUCAACAACAAUUUUUAUUAUUGACUAUUAAUAUAGUAUUAUACAUCCUUAUUUUUCUGGAUUUUCAAAAUCCAAAAUUAUUAUUAAUUAUUGUUGAUUUUUAUUUAGCAAUAAGUCAUUUUAUUAUUAUAAAAUUAACAAAAUAAUAAAUUGCCUUUUUAUAAAUGCCUUUUGUAUAUAAAAAUUUUAUUUUACAAUAUUAUUUCAAAUAAUUAUUAACGUGAAAUAAUAAUGCCUUCAAUUUAUUUAAACAAAAAAAAAUAAAUAUUGUAAAAAAAUAAUAAUAUACAACUAUAUAUUAUAUUAAAAAAAAAGGAUAAUUUUAUUUCCAGAAAUUUAUAUAUAUUUUAAAUUGAAAGAAAAUAGAAAAAUAAAAUUUCUUUAAAUUGAAGUGUUUAGCUCAAUUUUAGAAAUGAAAAAAAAAAAAAAAAGAAAAUAAUUUAUAAUGAAAGUUUAAAAGUGACUUAAUGUUUAUACUUGACCUUUUUUUUAAAAAAAAAAUACAAAUAAAGUACAAUUAAGAUAUGUAAAUAAAUGUUUAAUGAAAAAAAAAAGAAAAA